CACAGAUCUGCCAGUUAAAAGAUUGGUGUAAACACCAUGUGAUCAACUGUGAGAGCUGAAAAGCCCACACACUGCAGAUCAGUGGACACACAUUGAGGAAAUGAGCACAGCUUUUAUAAACAGAGAGUGAAACUUACAGACACUCGCUGUCGUCUAGAGAAGAAAUGGCACAGCAAGGGAUUCGGCUGGAUCGAGAAAAACUGAGUUGUUCAAUCUGUCUGGAUCUCCUAAAGGAUCCGGUGACCAUCCCCUGUGGGCACAGCUACUGCAUGAGCUGUAUUAAAGACUGCUGGGAUGAGGAGAACGAGAACAAGAACACGCACAGCUGCCCUCAGUGCAGGCAGAGCUUCACAUCGAGGCCUGUCCUAAUGAAAAAUAUCGUGUUAGCAGAGUUAGUGGAGGAACUGAAGGAAGAAGGACUUCAAGCUGCUUCAUCUGAUCGUUCCUAUGCGGGACCUGGAGACGUGGCCUGUGAUUUCUGCUCUGGGAUGAAGCUGAAAGCCUUCAAGUCCUGUCUGGUGUGUAUGGCCUCUUACUGUGAGCAACACCUCCAGCCUCACUACGAUGUUGCUCCAUUAAAGAAACACAAGCUGGUUGAAGCCACUGUAAAGCUCCAGGAGAGCAUCUGCUCUCGCCACGACGAGGUGAUGAAGAUCUUCUGCCACACUGAUCAGCAGUGCAUCUGCUAUCUCUGCACAAUGGAUGAUCAUAAAGGCCACGACACAGUCUCCGCUGCAGCAGAGAGGGCUGAGAGGCAGACGGAGCUCGGGGCGAGUCGGCAAAAGAUCCAGCAGAGAGUCCAGGACAGAGAGAAAGAUGUCAAGGUGCUUCGACAGAAGGUGGGGACUAUCAACCUUUCGGCCAAUGACGCUGUGAGGGACAGUGAGAAGAUCUUCACUGAGUUGAGUCGUCUGAUUGAGAAAAGAAGUUCUGAGGUGAAGCAGCAGAUCAGAUCCCAGCAGAAAACUCAAGUGAGUCAAGCUGAAGUGCUUGAGGUGAAGCUGCAGCAGGAGAUCAAUGAGCUGCGGAGGAAAGACGCUGAGCUGGAGCUGCUGUCACGUACAGAGGAUCACCUCCAUUUCCUGAACAACUACCCCUCACUGUCCCGUCUGAGUGAGUCUAAAGACCUACCCAGCGUUGAUAUCCAUCCUCUGUGCUCCUUUAAGGAUGUGGCAGCAGCGGUGUCGGAGGCCAGAGAUAAACUGCAGGCUGUUCUGAGUGAGGAGUGGGGAAAGAUCUCUCUGGCAGUGACUGAAGUAGAUGUUUUACUGCCUCAAGCACAGCCCAGAACCAGAGCUGAGUUCAUGAAAUAUUCUAGUCAAAUCACACUGGAUCCAAACACAGCACAUAAAUGUUUGUCAUUGUGUGACAGGAACAGAAAAGCAACAUUAAUGGAAGAAGAACAGUUAUAUUUGAGUCACCCUGACAGAUUUGUUGAGUUGUGGCAGGUCCUGAGUAGAGAGGGUCUGACUGGACGCUGCUACUGGGAGGUGGAGUGGAGCAAGAGAGUUAUUAUUUCAGUUGCAUACAAGGAUAUUAGCAGAACAGGGACCAGGGAGGAAUGUGGAUUUGGAUAUAAUGACAAAUCUUGGUCAUUAGAAUGUUACAGAGGUCGUUAUGUAUUCAGACAUAACAAUACUCUUACUUCAGUCUCAGGCCCUCAGUCCUCCAGAAUAGGAGUUUAUCUGGAUCACAGGGCAGGUACUCUGUCUUACUACAGCGUGUCUAAAACCAUGACUCUCCUCCACAGAGUCCAGACCACGUUCACUCAGCCUCUCUAUGCUGGAUUGUGGCUUUCAGCAUCUUCUGGAGGAACUGCUGAGUUGUGUGAGCUCAAGUAGACAAGAGUUUAAAGAAUGAUUCACCUCUAGACAGUAAAUGUAGAAGUGUGUCUGCACUGCAGCAAUCAAACAUAGUGGGUGGGACUGUGGUGAUUUGUUUCAUAGGAUUUAAGUUGUUUUGUUUUCAUCAGAGCAAUUUACUGAAAUUGUGAAAAUGUCUUUUUUAUUGCUUCACAGGAAUUUAACUAUUUGAAAUUUGAUUCUUAUGUUAAAUUUACUAAACAUUUUCAUUAUAUUCUGUGCAUGGAAAAUAGUGCAUAUGCAAACUGUCUGCUGAUUAUUUUUUGUUCAACUUAAAAUUGAAUUUGUUUUUCAUUUUAAUGGUCUUGUAUGUAAAAUAAAUAACAAUAAUCACGAGUCAUGUAUGUAAAAAUCUAAAUUAAUUGAUUUUAAUUUAAAUUUUUGAGCAUCUGCCAAAUUUAUGUAAUAUAAAACAUAAAAAAUAGUCAUUUUAAGUUGUACCAUAUCUUCCUAAACAUGUUGUAUAAUUUAACGUUGACUUUUUAGUCCUCUACAUACUGCUGUCUGUGUGCUGCAACUGUACUGAUGUAAAAAAUCACAUUAAUUCUUUAAAUGUUUUAAAUGUAUGCAAAGAAAAUUAACAGUAAAAUGUUCUGACAUAAUCUUACAUGUAACCCUCAGAAAAACAGUUUGUUAAUCAUCUUUCUUAGAGUGAAGUCAAUUGUUUUUGGAAACAUUUAUGAAAAGUCAAUGUUCAAAAUCCUGUAAAUAAAUAAAUUGUGACAUGUCAGCAUUUUAUCAAUAAACUACUAUUCUUUAAAAAA